UGCCCCAUCAUUGGUGUCAGUGGGAGGAAUAGUGUCCCAACAUUGGUGUCAGUGGGAGGAAUAGUAUCCCAUCAUUGGUGUCAGUGGGGGGGUGGAAGAAUAGUGCCCCAUCGUUGGUGUCAGUGGGGGGGAGGAAAAGUGCCCCAUCGUUGGUGUCAGUGGGGGGGAGGAAUA